AUGAACAGAAAACUAAUUGCUAGUAUUUUCUUCCUCAUAGCCCCCACUACAACUGUCACAGAGGCCCCCACCACAACUGUCACUGAAGCCCCCACUACAACUGUUUCUGAAGCCCCCACUACAACUGUUUCUGAAGUCCCCGCUACAACUGUCUCUGAAGCCCCCAGUACAACUGUUUCUGAAGUCCCCACUACAACUGCAACAGAAGAUCCAACCACUGCCAUAACUGUUUCUGAAGCCCCCACUACAACUGUCACUGAAGUCCCGACUACAACUGUUUCUGAAGCCCCCAUUACAACUGUCUCUGAAGCCCCCACUACAACUUUCUCUGAAAUCCCUACUACAACUGUUUCUGAAGCCCCCAUUACAACUGUCUCUGAAGCCCCCACUACAACUUUCUCUGAAAUCCCUACUACAACUGUCACAGAGGCCCCCACUACAACUGUCACCAAGGCCCCCACUACAACUGUUUCUGAAGCCCCCACUACAACUGUCUCUGAAGCUCCCACUACAACUGUCACUGAAGCCCCCACUACAACUGUUUCUGAAGCCCCCACUACAACUGUUUCUGAAGCCCCCAUUACAACUGUCUCUGAAGCCCCUACUACAACUGUCACCGGGGCCCUCAGUACAACUAUCACUGAGGACCCAAGUACAACUGUUUCUGAAGCCCCCAGUACAACUGUUUCUGAAGCCCCCACUACAACUGAAACAGAAGGUCCAACCACAACCAUAACUGUCUCUGAAGCUCCCACAACAACUGUCUCUGAAGCCCCCACUACAAUUGUCACUGAGGCCCCCACUACAACUGUCACUGAAGUCCCCACUACAGCUGUUUCUGAAGCCCCCACUGCAACUGUUUCUGAAGCCCCUACUACAACUGUCACUGAAGUCCCUACUACAACUGCUUCUGAAGCCCCCACUACAACUGUUUCUGAAUCCCCCAUUACAACUGUCUCUGAAGCCCCUACUACAACUGUCACCGAGGCCCCCACUACAAUUGUCACUGAGGCCCCCACUACAACUGUCACUGAAGUCCCCACUACAGCUGUUUCUGAAGCCCCCACUGCAACUGUUUCUGAAGCCCCUACUACAACUGUCACUGAAGUCCCCACUACAACUGCUUCUGAAGCCCCCACUACAACUGUUUCUGAAGCCCCCAUUACAACUGUCUCUGAAGCCCCUACUACAACUGUCACCGAGGCCCCCACUACAACUCUUUCUGAAGCCCCCACUACAACUGUCUCUGAAGCCCCCACUACAACUGUCACUGAAGCCCCCAGCCCUACUACAACUGUCACCGAGGCCCCCACUACAACUGUUUCUGAAGCCCCCACUACAACUAUUUCUGAAGCCCCCACUACAACUGUCUCUGAAGCCCCCACUACAACUGUCACCGAAGCCCCCAGUACAACUGUUUCUGAAGUCCCCACUACAACUGAAACAGAAGGUCCAACCACAACCAUAACUGUCUCUGAGGCUCCCACAACAACUGUCUCUGAGGCCCCCACUACAACUGUCACCGAGGCCCCCACUACAACUGUUUCUGAAGCCCCCACCACAACUCACAACAGUGACAACAGGUCCUACAACUACUGUUACAAACAUUCCUACCACAACAGUAACAGCAGCUCCCACUACAACAGCAACAGCAUCUCCUACCACAACAGUGACAGCAGCUCCUACCACAACAGUAACAGGAGCUCCUACUACAACUGUCACAACCAUUCCUACCACAACAGUAACAGCAGCUCCCACUACAACAGCAACAGCAUCUCCUACCACAACAGUGACAGCAGCUCCUACCACAACAGUAACAGCUGCUCCAACCACAACGGUGACAGCAGGUCCUACAACUACUGUCUUAACCAUUCCUACUACAACAGUAACAGCAUCUCCCACUACAACAGUAACAGCUGCUCCUACCACAACAGUGACAGCAGCUCCUACCACAACAGUGGCAGCAGCUGUUACAAAUGCUGUUACAAACAGUCCUACUACAACAGUAACAGCAGUUCCCACCACAACUGUCACAGCCAUUCCCACCACAACAGUGACAGCAGCCCCUACCACAACAGUAACAACAGCUCCCACUACAACUGUCACAACCAUUCCUACCACAACAGUAACAACAGCUCCUACUACAACUGUCACAACCAUUCCUACCACAACAGUGACAGCAGGUCCUACUACAACAGUAACAACAGCUCCUACUACAACUGUAACAACUAUUCCUACCACAACAGUAACAGCAGGUCCUACAACUACUGUUACAAACAUUCCUACCACAACAGUGACAGCGGGUCCUACUACAACUGUCACAACUAUUCCUACUACAACAGUAACAGCAGUUCCUACCACAACAGUAACAGCUGCUCCCACUACAACUGUUACUACCAUACCUGCUACAACAGUGACAGCAGGUCCUACUACAACUGUCACAACCAUUCCUACCACAACAGUAACAGCAGUUCCUACCACAACAGUGACAGCAGGUCCUACAACUACUGUUACAAACAUUCCUACCACAACAGUGACAGGGGGUCCUACUACAACUGUCACAACCAUUCCUACCACAACAGUCACAGCUGUUCCUACAACAACAGUGACAGCAGGUCCUACUACAACUGUCACAACCAUUCCUACCACAACAGUGACAAUGGCUCCCACUACAACUGUCACAACCAUUCCUACCACAACAGUGACAGCAGGUCCUACAACUACUGUUACAAACAUUCCUACCACAACAGUAACAGCAUCUCCUACUACAACAGUAACAGGAGGUCCUACAACUACUGUUACAAGCAUUCCUACCACAACAGUAACAGCAUCUCCUACUACAACAGUAACAACAGCUCCUACUACGACUGUAACAACUAUUCCUACCACAACAGUGACAGCGGGUCCUACUACAACUGUCAUAACCAUUCCUACCACAACAGUGACAGCAGGUCCUACAACUACUGUUACAAACAUUCCUACCACAACAGUAACAGCAUCUCCUACUACAACAGUAACAGGAGGUCCUACAACUACUGUUACAAGCAUUCCUACCACAACAGUAACAGCAUCUCCUACUACAACAGUAACAACAGCUCCUACUACAACUGUAACAACUAUUCCUACCACAACAGUGACAGCAGCUCCUACCACAACAGUAACAACAGCUCCUACUACGACUGUCACAGCUAUUCCUACCACAACAGUGACAGCAGGUCCUACUACAACUGCCACAACCAUUCCUACCACAACAGUGACAGCAGGUCCUACUACAACUGUCACAACCAUUCCUACCACAACAGUCACAGCUGUUCCUACCACAACAGUAACAGCAGGUCCUACUACAACUGUCACAACCAUUCCUACCACAACAGUAACACCAGCUUCUACUACAACUGUCACAACCAUUCCUACCACAACAGUGACAGCAGGUCCUACUACAACUGUCACAACCAUUCCUACCACAACAGUGACAGCAGGUCCUACCACAACAGUAACAGCAUCUUCCACUACAACAGUGACAACCAUUCCUACCACAACAAUGACAGCAGGUCCUACUACAACUGUAACAACCAUUCCUACCACAACAGUGACAGCAGGUCCUACUACAACAGUGACAACCAUUCCCACCACAACAAUGACAGCAGGCCCUACUACAACAGUAACAACAGCUCCUACUACAACAGUAACAACCAUUCCUACUACAACAGUAACAACAGCUCCUACUACAACUGUAACUGCUAUCCCCACUACAAGUGUUACUACCAUACCUACCACAGUCACUAUCCCCAUACAAUUGACCCGGAUACUAGAGUUCACAUCUACGGAUUUAUUUGAUUCCCAGCUUUCAGACCCCACUUCAGAACUUUUUCAAACUAGAGCAGAGAAGACAAGGCAACAGAUAGAACCGGUGUUCAAAAAAGACUUCCAGUCAUUCAUAAGUUUGACAGUAAAGAGCUU